UCUUCUGUUUCAUUAUAUCCUAAUUUUUCCCUUCCCUUUUUCCUUCCAACUGAACUUUCAUCGUCUGUUAUCUUUCCACAAAACCUUGAAACCAAAGAUGAACAAGUUUGUUUUUGCCAAAUUUAGUAAACCAACUAUUGAAUUUCCAUCCUGAAAAUCCUCCUAAUUACUCUACUUCCCUCUUUUUUCUAUUUUUAGUAAGCUAUAAGUAAGUAUAAAUAGCUCUACAAACAUCCCCUUGGAUACUCAAAUCUCCCUUUUCAUUUUAGAAACUAUAGCACUCACUUUAUACAUUGUUCUAGCAAAUUCAUUAAUGGCUGAUUUUAGUAGAGCAAUUAGCUUAUUCUUUGCCUUGCUCUGCCUCCUCCUCCUAGCUAUAAUCACAGAAGCUAGGAAUAUAGAAAAUUAUAAUAAUAAAGUAGGAUUUGUUAGAACAAGAGGUGCCCAUUUUGUACUAGAUGGAUCACCAUUUCUGUUCAAUGGUUUCAACUCUUAUUGGCUGAUGCAUGUUGCUGCUGAUCCAACUCAGAGGUACAAAGUAUCUGAGGUUUUCAAGGAAGCCUCUGCUGCUAGCCUCUCAGUAUGCAGGACUUGGGCUUUCAGCGAUGGCGGUGAUGCACCAUUGCAAAUUUCUCCUGGAGUUUAUGAUGAACGUGCUUUACAGGGAUUGGAUUUUGUGAUCUCAGAAGCAAGAAAGUAUGGGAUACGCUUAAUAUUGAGCUUUGUAAACAACUACAAAGAUUUUGGAGGGAGAAGUCAAUAUGCUCAAUGGGCGAAAAGUGCAGGAAUUCAGAAUAUUAACAGUGAAGAUGAUUUUUAUACUCAUCCAGUUCUUAAAGAUUAUUACAAGAACCAUAUUAGGAAAAUCGUGACAAGGGUCAAUACCAUGAAUGGAAUAGCAUACAGAGAUGACUCGACAAUAAUGGCAUGGGAACUUAUGAAUGAGCCUCGCUGCAAUGUUGAUUAUUCUGGAAAAACAGUUCAUGGAUGGGUUCAAGAGAUGGCAAUUUUUGUGAAAUCUCUAGACAAAAAGCACUUGUUGGAGAUAGGAAUGGAAGGAUUUUAUGGCGAUUCAAUGCCUGAAAAGAAGCAAACUAAUCCUGGUUUCCAAGUUGGAACAGAUUUUAUCAGUAGCCAUCUUAUUAGGGAGAUUGAUUUUGCUACCAUACAUGCAUACACUGACCAAUGGUUGCCUGGACAAAGUGAUGAUGCACAAGCAGCAUUCAUGCAAAGAUGGAUGACAAGUCAUUGGCAAGAUUCAAGAACCAUAUUAAAUAAACCAUUGGUACUUGCUGAAUUUGGAAAGUCAAGCAAAGAUCCAGGAUAUAAUCAAAAUGCAAGAGAGACAUUCAUGAGUUUAGUUUAUAGAAAUGUGUAUAAUUUUGCCAAAGCAGGAGGGACCAUGGGAGGUAGCUUAGUGUGGCAACUAAUGGCACAAGGCAUGGACAAUUUUGAUGAUGGUUACUCAAUUAUCUUGGCACAAGAUCCAUCAACUGCAGGGCUAAUCUCAGGCCAAUCUCAUGCCAUGACAACUUUGGCUCAUUUGGUUAAUAGCCCUAAUUUGGGUCAGUUACAUGGACAUCAUCCACUAGGUGUUGGACAUCAUCCACAAGGUGUAGGACAUCAUCCAUUAGGAAUGGGACAUCAUCAUUUUGGUUGAUGAGCUCGUGAUGGACAUCACUGAUUAGGAUUUUGGAAGUUCUUAGGUGCGAGGCUUUUUAAGGUGACUGAAUGUCUCACUUAUACAAAUUUAGAGUUCUCGCAUUAGCCGAAGUUAGCAAGAGUAAGGUUGAUUAACUUUCUUGAAUGUAUUUUGCUUUCAUUUCAACAUGUAAACUUGUUAUUUCAACUUGUAUAAGACUGAAUCAUAAUAGUUUGUUAUUCAACACGUUUGCUAU